UCACCUCCUCAAAACUCUCUUGCAUGAAUGCCUCUCAAACCUCCCAAAUUCCCGCCAACUCUAAACUCUCUCCAAUGCGGCAAUCUUGUUCAAUCCAUCACCAACCUCAAAUCCCACCAAAAAGGGAAACAGCUCCAUGCCUACGUUAUCUCCACCGGCGUUCUCAUCAACAACGCUUAUCUCGCCACCAGACUCUGCGCAAUGUACGCUAGCAAUGGAAGAAUGGCUGAAGCUCGACUUCUCUUCGAUGGGAUUGCGUUCAAAAACUCCUUCUUGUGGAAUUCUAUGAUAAGGGGCUACGCUAGUAAUGGGUUUUCUCUUGAUUCAAUAGCAAUGUAUAGGGACAUGUUGAGAUCUGGCAAUAAUGGGGAUAAUUUCAGUUACCCAUUUGUUCUUAUGGCUUGUGGUGAUCUUUCGCUUGUUCAGAUCGGUAAAAGGAUCCAUUGUGAUGUUAUUGUUAGUGGGUAUGAGCCAGAUGUUUACGUGGGCAACUCUCUUCUCGCAAUGUAUGCUAAGUUUGGAGAGAUGGGAGUUGCUCGUAAAGUGUUUGGUAGAAUUUCUGAACGAGAUUUGACUUCUUGGAACACUAUUAUUUCGGGUUAUAUGAGGAACUGUGAUCCAGGAAAGGCGAUUUCUGUCUUUUCUGUCGUGGCCAAGGGCAAAGAGGGACUGGACCAGCUGACCCUUGUUGCAGUAUUGCCGGCUUGUGCCAAUUUGAGUGCAUUGAAGCAAGGCAAGGAGAUUCAUGCUUAUAUUCUUCGUAGUGGUAUGGAGUUCAAUAAAAUUUUGAUGAAUUCUCUUAUAGAUGUAUACAUAAAAUCUAACUUUAUGAUGGGCUCAAAGCGAUUGUUCGAAAGGAUGGAUAAUAAGGACACUGUCUCGUGGAAUACUAUGAUUUCAGGCUUAGCGUGCCAUGGCGAUGCUAUUGAAAGCUUAACUUUAUUUCAUAGAAUGAACCAUAAUGGAUUUGUCCCUGACAAUGUUACCCUUGUAGCGGUACUUGGAGCUUGUGAUAAAGUAGCAGCCUUGCAAUUUGGGAAGAGUCUCCAUGCUUAUCUCAUUAGGAAGGGACUUGAUAAAGGAGUUACAGUUGGGACUUCUCUUAUAGACAUGUAUGCUAAGUGUGGGAGCUUAGCCUGUUCUUGUCAAGUUUUUGAUGAGAUGCCCAUUAAAAAUCUCAUUUCCUGGAGUGCAAUGAUUUCAGGAUAUGGUCUACAUGGCAAGGGACAGGAGGCUGUUGAAUGCUUUAAUGAAAUGAAGGAAAAAGGAAUAACACCAGACAGAGUUACAUUCACCUCAGUUUUAUCUGCAUGUAGCCAUUCGGGAUUAAGCCUUGAAGGCAAAGAGAUUUUUCACCAAAUUUCAACUGAGUAUUUCAAAAAGCCUAGUGUUGAGCAUUAUGCUUGUAUGGUUGACCUCCUCGGAAGGAUAGGCCAGUUAGAUGAAGCAUACAAGUUGAUCAUGAAUAUGGCAGUCGAACCUAAUAUUGAUGUGUGGGCUGCACUUCUUUCUGCUUGUCAAAUCCAUCAUAAUGUUGAACUAGCUGAAAUUGCCGCUCAUAAGGCUUUUGAGCUUAAACCUAAAAGUGUUGGAAUUUAUGUUGCCCUCUCAAACAUUUAUGCUAAAGAGAAGAAGUGGGGAGCUGUGAGGAGAGUGAGAGAUGCUGCAAGAUACAAUGGUCUUAGAAAACCACCAGGAUGCAGUUUUGUUGAAUUAGAUAUGACAAUCCAUAGAUUUCUUGUGGGCGAUAAAUCGCAUCCACAAUCACAGUCCAUAUAUGCUAAGUUGAGUGAAUUGAGGCAACAAUUGAAGGAAUCUGGGUAUACACCAGAUUCCAGUGUAGUGUUGUAUGAAGUUGAGGAGGAUAUGAAGGAAAACUUGUUAUGGGAUCAUAGUGAAAGACUAGCCAUAGCUUUUUCUCUCUUGAACACUUCCCCAGGGAUGACUAUAAGAAUCACAAAGAACCUACGGGUGUGUAGUGAUUGCCACAACGUCACCAAACUUAUAUCUAAGCUCGUCGGUCGAGAAAUUAUUGUGCGAGAUGCUCAUAGGUUUCAUCACUUCAGCAAUGGCUCUUGUUCUUGUCAUGACUUUUGGUGAAUGCGUGGAGAUAAAAGAACAAACGAAGUCUGAGGCAGGGGCUUUCAGAGGAUCAAAAGCCAUUCUCUUCCACCGAUCUGUUUUGUGUGAGACAUCCAUCCACUGGUUUUCUAUUUUGAAAGAAUUAUUAGUUGCAAUAAUGGUUUAUAAUUAUGAUAAUGCUAAAUUUAUUUAGGAUGAGAGGAAUCAAGGCAUUAUUCCAAGGACAAUGUGGAUUCUGUAGAUUAAGGGCUUUUAACGAGAGGGGGAAAAAACUGAGUCUGAGAUCUAAGUUAUCUUUUCCUUUUCCUUUUCCUUUUGGCCUAGUGUAUCUUUCAAAAUUUUAGGACGGGCUUAGUUUAGUUCUAUCAGCCGUACUGAAGGAGAAUUUAGGCUAAUAUCAAUAUGAUUUGAGGGACUAAUACAGAAUACUAAACGACGUAAGGGACUAAUAUAAAAAGGAACUUCUCUUUUUAAUCACAGUUUGAUGGUAGAAGUUUGACCAACAUUCAGCAUGAAGGUUAAAUGAGGAAUUUAGGCUCUCUGUCAUUCAGAUGUGUAGUUAUUUGGUAGGUAGACAUUUACAACUGUCAGGACCUCCAACCCAAUUCGUCCUUUUAUCCCGAACUUCCAUAUAUGCCCCCCCUUCCUUAUUAGUCUGAUCUCCCCCAAAUAUAUUUUAUGUAUCUCGACACCCGCAUAUGAUCGGGUUACUGUGUUUCAAAGGAUGCUUUCUUUAACUUCAUAGAAUAGACGCUACUAUCUCUUUUUAAGAAAUUCUAGCCCUUUAAUAAUUUUUGGUAGAAUUAGAAUUUCUAAGAAAUAGCCCUGGCAUGAUUGAAAAAAAAAUAAAAAAUCUUUCACUGUGUCAAUCUUGACAAGAGAUGUCUAUUAAUGAGUCAAGCUAUGACAAUUAUCAACAAUUAUGAUAAAAUUUAUCUUCAAUUGAAGUGGAAGGAAUCUGAAUCCCAUUUUUUUUCUUCUUUGGAUUAAUUUUAUACUGUUAGCUCAGGCAUGCAUUUUUCUAAAAAUUGUAGUUCUGGUGAGCAAAUUUCAUGAUAUUGUUCUCUCUCUUUUAAGAUGAGAUGUAAUUGCAAUUACAGUGUAAAUGAAA